UUGCUGUAGGCAUCCAAUAAUAUGCCUUCUCGGCGGCUGGAAGGGCCUGAGAGAGUGCACCCCUAUUGAGCGUACGGGGGCCCGAGCCUUUAAUCGGACAGACACUAAAAUUUGGGAAUAACAGAAAGAGAGCCUGUGGCGACACCGCUGAGCAGAACGGAGCAGGCAAACCUCGGACGCCCCAAGCCGACCCGACGAAGAAGGCCCGGCGCGACCGGACGAAAAAGGCCCCUCGCCCGCCCGGCGCGCGCCUCCUCCCGUACUCGGGGCUCUCAGCGCGCUUCCCGGGGCGACUUUUCCUCUAGUCUGGAAAACCGCCCUUAUGGCUGAGGUGAAGGUGAAGGUGCAACCGCCGGACGCGGAUCCGGUGGAAAUAGAAAACAGAAUUAUAGAAUUGUGCCACCAGUUCCCUCAUGGAAUCACAGAUCAAGUAAUUCAAAAUGAAAUGCCUCACAUAGAGGCCCAACAGCGGGCAGUGGCCAUCAACAGACUGUUGUCUAUGGGUCAGUUGGAUCUUUUAAGGAGUAAUACAGGCCUUUUAUAUAGAAUAAAGGAUUCUCAGAAUGCUGGUAAAAUGAAGGGGUCCGAUAACCAAGAAAAACUAGUCUACCAAAUCAUAGAGGAUGCAGGUAAUAAAGGAAUAUGGAGCAGAGAUAUCCGAUAUAAAAGUAAUUUGCCAUUAACAGAAAUCAACAAAAUUCUCAAGAAUCUGGAAAGUAAAAAACUUAUCAAAGCUGUGAAGUCUGUAGCAGUGAGUAGUUGGCUUUCUGGGUUUCCUCCCUAUAUUCACUUAAGUAAGCUGUUCCAGCUGGGUUUUCACCCUUUGUUCUUUAAUUCAGGUGGGGUGGAGUUGUCCAUGGAGGACAUCGAGACCAUCCUGAACACACUCAUUUAUGAUGGGAAAGUGGAGAUGACUAUCAUUGCUGCAAAGGAAGGCACUGUUGGCAGUGUAGAUGGACAAAUGAAACUGUACAGGGCAGUCAACCCAAUCCUCCCACCUACAGGCUUAGUCCGGGCACCCUGUGGACUCUGCCCCGUUUUUGAUGACUGCCAUGAAGGUGGUGAGAUUUCACCAUCUAAUUGUAUUUAUAUGACAGAGUGGCUCGAAUUUUAAUAGAGAGCUGUGAAUCUUACUUACUUUGGCAAAUGAAUUACUUGGAGAGCAAAUAAUUCAUGAUGGAACAUCCAGUUUCUUUGAAAGCAUACUUCACAAUGAUGGAUACUGACUUGCUGCUAUGAAAAUGUAUUUAUUUAUGAAGACAGAACACAAAGCAAAUGAAAUUUAAUGAAGUUUAAUAGGGAAGUCUCUUCUGCAGUAAAAAAAUACCUUGAAGCUCUGGAAGACCAAGGAAAAUGGAGCCACCAAAUACUGUGAUAACAGCUAGAGUGUGAAGAUACACGCUUAAAGUUACUUCUUAAGGUCUUCAUUGAAACUCAUCGUAUCAGGUUUAUUACUACAGUUUCUGUUUGUUUUUCCUGGGUUUCACUGAGAAAUUACAAGUGUUGCAGCAGGGAGCUGCUGAUGGGAGUGUGUGCAGACUUGGGGUCUGAAGGUAGAGUGGACAUCCCUUUCCACACUGCCGGGUUCUCCUCACCUCCAUGCCCUUUCACCCAUGUGGGCAUGCUGUUGUCUGGGACAUGUCUUCAGCUCAGUGAUACUCCAUCCUAAAGGGGAUCAUCUCACAAGUCCUUCAUUGUUAAUGCUGUAAAAUUCUCUGUAUGGUUUAAUUUUUGUUCUAGUAGGGAGGUGUGGGCCGCAUCCCGCCACCCGGCUAGCUUAACCCCCUGAAUAACCACACGGAAAUUGUAUUAAUUAAAUUACUGCCUUGCCCAUUAGCUCUAGCCUCUUAUUGGCUAACUCUCACAUCUUGAUUAACCCAUUUCUAUUAAAUCUAUGUAUCACCACGUGACUGGCUUACCGGGAAAGAUUCAGUAUGUCUGACCUGGCAGCUGGCUCUAUGGUGGCUCUCUGACUCUGCCUUCUUCCUCCCAGCAUUCAGUUCUCUUUUCCCCAACUACCUAAGUUUCUGCCCUAUCAAAAGGCCAAGGCAGUCUCUUUAUUUAACCAAUGAAAGCAACACAAAUAUAAAAGGACCUCCUACACCAAAUUUUACUAUUUGCUGAAAUUUUUCCAGAUUCUUACUUUAUGUCUAUAGUAUGAUCCUCUCUGCCACCAGCAUCAAAUUCACAUUUUGUAAUCUAAUCCCAUGUGGAAUGUGAUAAGUAGGACCUUUGGAAGGGGAGAGAUGGUAAGUGUAGAGUCCUCAUGAGUGGAAUCAGGGCCUGUACAGAAGAGACCCAAAGUGUUCUGUUGGCCUCUGUUAGGCGACAAUACAGGGAGAAGAAUAAGGAAGUGGGCCCUUGUUAGAUCGUAUAUCUGCCAGCGCACUGGACUCCCCCGCUUUUUGAAUCAUGAUAAUUAAAUAUAUUUUCUUGAUAAACCAUCAGUCUAUAGCAGCAGUUCUCAGGUUGAACAACCCUUUCAAGGGGUCGUCUGAGACCUUCAGAAAACACAGAUAUUUACACUACAAUUCAUAACAGUAGCAAAAUUACAGUUAUGCAAUAGCAACAAAAAUAACUUUAUGGUUGUGGGUCACCACAACAUGAGUGACUGCAUUAAAUGUUGCAUUAGGAAAGUUGAGAACCACUAUAGUGUUCUAUCAAAGCAGACAGAAGAGAUAGUAUCUAAUCAUUUAACUAAAUUGUAACUAAAACUAGCUGUAUAUGGUGGUACACUCCUUUCAUACUAGCACUUGGGAGGCAGAGGUAGGCAGGUCUCGGUUAGUUCAAGACCAGCCUGGACCACAUAGUGAAUUUCAGGACAGCCAGGGCUAUAGAGAAAGAGACCCAGACUCAAAAAUAAAUACAGAUCAUUGCUCUUUAAUGUAAGGGGUAGGAACCUAUCUUACAGUGUUUUAGAUUGGUCUCUUUUUUUCCUUAAUUGUUUUCUAAAAAACCAUGGUGUGAUGUGUCUAAGCAGAAAACCAUCACUACAUAGUUCGUUAGCCCCAGCCAUUGGGCACUGGAAAACACUUAAGUUAGUUGCCUUGCUGUUAUGCAGAAGAUAGCCAUAUAUCUUUAAGGAUCUCAGCAGAUGAUUUUUACUUUGUGUCUUUUUUUUUUUUUUUUUUUUGAGACAAGGUUUUUCUGUGUGACUCUGGCUGCCCUGGAACUUUGCAGAUCAGGCUAGCCUUGAACUCAGAUCCACCUGUCUCUGCCUCCUCCACUAUGCCCAGCUUACUUUGUGUCUUAAAAGUUUAUUUAUGCAAGCCAAAAGCAUGGGCCAACUGAAAGGGCUCACAGCCCACUCUUCUUUGAAGCUGAGCUCUACCAUUUGGUAGUAUUCUAAGUGUACAGCAUCAUUGGAGUUACCUUGAGAUAAAUGGGACCAAUAAAAUCCAACUUGCUAGAUCAUUUUAUCAAUGAAUUCUGUGUCCAGCUCUAUAGAAUAAGCAUUUAAUGACACCAGCUCUUAAGUGUUAGAUUAUAUAUUAAAUGCAGGUUCCUCUUCUACCUCUAGUGGGGCUGACAUGGUAAAAAAGUGUUCACUCUUCCUAGACCUGCCUGGCUUAUCCAAUAAGCACUAGUCUUAUUUUCCUAGAAAACUAGAUAUGUAGGAGACUUACAAAAGGGAGAAAGAAUUUUUUUAAAAAAAUGUUUAAUAUGCUAUUUUGUCUUUUUUGUUUUGUUGGAGAAGAUUCUCACUCUAGCCCACACUACCCUGGAGUUCACUUUAUGGUCUAGGCUGGCCUUGAACUCAUGGUGGUCCUGAUUUGGCUUCCAAGUGCUGGGAUUACAGGCAUUUAGCAGCCAUACAUGGCUUUGUAUUGUCUUGAUGAUUAGAUAUUGUUUUAAAUUUGCAGUCAGUGGCUAGAAGUGUUCCUUGCCUCACCAGAAUAAAGAGAUACUUUAAAAGUUUUUCUUCAUAGCAUAUUUUUUACUGAAUAUUUUUUGCUUGUAGCAUAUUUACUCUUGAGUACUGAGAGAGAUAGAUAAAUUUAAAAAAACAUAGCAACUAUACUAUAAAUAAAAUGAAUUUGCCUACAGAAAUAAGCUAGAACCCGAAGAAAUUGUGGGCAUCUAAAAACAUGAUGCCACAACAUCAAACUGCAGAUGAAAUCCAAAUACUUCAGUCUUUCCCACCUGAGAACACAUUCUAAGUCUGUUGAGGAUUCUGGUUUUUUUUGUUUUGUUUUUUUUUUUUGUUUGUUUGUUUUUUCGAGACAGGGUUUCUCUGUGGUUUUGGAGCCUGUCCUGGAACUAGCUCUUGUAGACCAGGCUGGUCUCGAACUCACAGAGAUCCGCCUGCCUCUGGUCUCGAACUCACAGAGAUCCGCCUGCCUCUGCCUCCCGAGUGCUGGGAUUAAAGGCGUGCGCCACCACCGCCCGGCGAGGAUUCUGUUUUAAAGUGAUCCUACAUUGCCAGUCAUUGUGUGCUUGCUUUUAAUGCCAGCUCUUGGGAGGUAGAGGCAUGAGCAAGUGGAUCUCUGAGUUUAAAGCCAGCCUGAUCCUACAGAGCGAGUUCCAGGACAGCCAGCAAUACACAGAAAAACCCCGUCUCGAAAAACAAGACAAAAUUUGACAUCAUAAGUCUAUUUAAUGGUUUUUAAUGAAUAGUUAUGUGGCUUCUCCUACAGAAUUUCCAAUUUGACAAUAAAUGUUUUAUAUAAGAG